ACCCCCUCUGCGUGUCCUCCGCGCACAUCCAGUCACGGCCUCCACCCGCCCCCACACUCAGCCCCGAGGGGCCUCAGGUUUUCCACCCGCUGCUUUCUAGUCCUUUAAAUCCUAGAAGCAAACUUUUGGGGGAUAAGGAAAGCUGGGCGGGGCCUGCGCCUUAACCCUGUCUGCCCCAGACGGACUGAGCUGGACUGCGCGGUGACGGCGCGCCCGUUUGGGCUUCUACCAUGGCCCCCGAGAGGGGCUGACAUUUCAGUCCCGGUGCAGGUGAGAUCCGGCCGGGAGGCAGGAGGAAGAAAGUGCGGGCCUGGGACCAGGAGGCCGAGGCGGGCUCCGAACCCAGGACACGGGGUCCCAGCUUGAGCUGAGCCUGAGCGCGCGGGACCCCCUCAGCGAGGACCACGAGAUGCCUGUGUUGAAGCAGCUGGGCCCCGCACAGCCCAAGAAGCGGCCGGAGCGCGGCGCCCUCUCCAUCUCCGCGCCACUCGGCGACUUCCGGCACACGCUGCACGUGGGGCGAGGUGGCGACGCUUUUGGGGACACGUCGUUCCUGAGUCGCCACGGCGGGGGGCCGCCCCCUGAGCCCCGGGCGACCCCCGGAGGGGCCCCGCGCUUCGCACCACCGCCCGCCGUGCCGCAGCCCCCGCCAUCCGCCCUUCGCGCGCCAGCACCCACUGACCCGUUGCUGUCCUUCCACCUGGAUCUGGGCCCCUCCAUGCUGGACGCCGUGCUGGGCGUCAUGGACGCGGAGCGCCCAGGGGCUGCUGCCGCCAAGCCCGAUGCGGACCCCGGCUCCGGGAAGCAGCACCCCAGGGCCCGCUGCCGCACCAACGCGGACCUCGAGCUGGACGAUGUCAUCGGCCUGUAGGCUCCCAGUUCCUCACGCCCUUGCCGUCCGGCACCCCACUUCUUUAUACAUAAACGGCCAACUUCUGUG